UAGCGUUUACAAGCCAUUCAUCCUGUCGUACAUGUAUUGUUCCUCCAGUGAGCUCAUUUUCCGUGUACUUUGGAGCCGGAUCGUCCUCAACCCUAGCCUUUCCCUCUGAUCCGUCUCCUCUCUCCUUUCGCCCCGUUUCCCUCCGCUUCUCCUUCGACACCCGACCUCAUCCAUUCUUCUCCCUCGUCGCCGCCGCCGCCGCCGCCGCCGCGGCCACUGCCGCCGUUCACCUUUCCCCGUCCGCCUCGGGUGGCCCGGAGUCGAGCAACGAAGUACCCGGCUCCUCGUCCCACUUCGUACGAACCCGUGUUUUCUCUUCGUGGUGAUCCGAAAGAGGGUUGGCUCGUGCUCGCGGAUCAAAAUCAAUCAGAUGUUGAGUUAUGGAUAUGCUAAGCGAUGAUAGGAUGUAUUCCAAGGGAAAGUUUGGAAGAGGGCCUAGGGAGCUUACGGGUGCUGUUGAUUUGAUAAAGCACUACAAGUUGUCAGCACUCCAUGAUUUUUUUUGCAAAAGAACUCUUCCUUCGUCGAUUUCAGACACACAUUAUCUCCACAAUGUUGUAGGAGAGACAGAAAUUCGAAAGGGGGAAGGCAUGGAGCUGGGUCAGCUCUUUCAGAGUGCUCCAUACCUGAGAGAGACAACAUCUCAGAUUCAACAAUUUGACUUGGAGAUACUAGGGCAAGCAUUUCAGCUGCGAGACACAGCCCCUAUUGACUUGCCUUCAUCAGAAAAAGGAAUACCCACCAUUUCUGGGAAAUCUAUUGGAGAUUCUAAAGGCAAGGAGAGGAAGCACAGAAAACACAAGGACAAAGAUAGAGAGAAGGACAAGGAGCAUAAGAAGCACAAACAUCGCCAUAAAGAUCGCACUAAAGAUAAAGAUAAAGAGAAAAAGAAGGAUAAAAGUGGACGCCAUGAUUCUGGUGGCGAUCAUUCAACGAAGCAUCAUGAGAAGAAGAGGAAACAUGAUGUGUCUUACUGUCAAACAUGCUGGUGGAGAAGAAUAGUUCGAAGGAUUUCUUUUCAUGCACCAGAAUUCUUUGAGGAUUCAUACAUGGCAAAAAAAAGGCGUAUCACCUUCAUUAGAAUUAUCAUAUCGAUGACUUAUCCUAAGGGUGCUGUGGCAUGUUACUCUAACAAUGGGUCAUGAUACAAGUGUUCUAUGGCAUCUAUGGAUAUGUUUGUAUCUCUUGCCAUGUAUAUUAUCAUUCUCUCUUUAUGGUCUAAGAAAUUAUCAGUCUCUCUCUAUGUUCUAAGAAGUCGAAACAAAAUUAUUUAAUUGGAAAUCCACAAUCAUAAUCAAAUAGUGGAUUGCCAUUUGUGGUGUGUAAACAUGGACUUUUUGGCAUGGCAAGAAACCGUGCUUGAAAAGCACAUGCCAAAAGUUAGCAUCGGCAUGUCUGUGCAAUGUUAGCACCUUGGCAUGGGUCAGCAUAGCGCAUGCCCUUCUGAUGUAUCAGUCAGCACAGAAACCGUUGCCACCACUCAUGCUUUCAAGUUUAUAAGGGUGAAUACAUUAAAAUAAGUGUGCAUUUCAGUUGGUGAGUGGAGGCACAAGUUUUUGUUUCAGUAUCUUUUACUAUAGGUCUAUUUGUUAACCUAAUGCGCUGCUUGACAUGUUCUCUGCAGCUUGCAAUUAUUCACUUAUUUACGCUGAUGGUUCCACUCUCAUAUAACUUCAGUUGAGGCCAAGUCCCAGUUUACAACUGAAAUAUAUUCUGAGCGGAGGAUCAAUGCUACA